UGAUCGCAAAGUAAAAGCCAUUGAAAACAGGUGAGCUCGAGCAGAACGGACCUCUAUGUGAUCAGUGAAGAUGUUCAAGAUGAAGAUGCUGGAAUGGGCCAUAGUCCUACUGGGCCUGCAGUCUGCAUAUGCAGAGUUUUUAGAAGAUGUUGGGGACAUGGGCUUAGAACCAUUGGAUGUUUUUUUGCCAACAACAGUCUUCCCCACUGUGUCAAAUCGGGUGACAACGUCAGAACCUAAUCGUCGAUCCACAUACUGUAGCACAUGGGGAAAUUUUCACUUCAAGACCUUUGAUGGUCAUUUCUAUCAGAUGGCUGACACAUGUAAUCACAUUCUGGCAGUGAUGUGUGAUGCACCUGUCUCAGAUUUUAACAUUCAAAUGCAAAGAACGAUUGUGAAUGGCUCGGUUACUUUCACCUCAGUCACAUUAGAGCUGGAGGGGACGACCAUCAAAUAUAGUCAAGGCAAGAUCUUCAUGGACGAACAAGAGGUAUCUAUUCCCAUGAGUAAGAAUGAAAUUAAAAUCGAGGGAAGCUCUUCGAGUGUCAAGAUCUCCAAAUAUGGGGUGACUGUCAUUUUGGAGGAAGAAGAUCACUCUGUGGUGAUUGAACUUGCUGAUAUGUACCGAGGUCAGACAUGUGGACUCUGUGGAAACUUCAAUGGCAACACUACUGAUGACGUAAUUGUAACAGAUCCAGAGACAUGGAAGGUGUCCACAUCAGCUGAACCCUGUGAAAAAGUUCCACUUCCCCCUAGCGAUCAGUGUAAAAAACAGGUUGACAUUUGUAAGCAGUAUCUGAAGAGUUCAGGGUUUGAUGACUGUCGCCAUCUGAUGGACCUGAGUUCAUUUGAGAAAAUUUGUGCAGACGACCUGUGUCACUGUCCUGAAAACCAAGAGUGUGUCUGCAACACGCUUACAGAAAUAACACGACAAUGCACGUAUGCUGGUGGCAGGCCGGGAACGUGGAGAACAGACAAACUAUGUCCAAAGACAUGUCCACUAAACAUGGUAUACAUGGAGUGUGCUGGCCCAUGCAAAAACACCUGCUCCGCCCCAAAUGGAUCCCUGCCUUGUAAAGAUAACUGUGUAGAUGGCUGUUUCUGCCCUGAGGGCACUGUGGAAGACAACAUUGGUAACAGUGGUUGCAUUCCUACAAACAAAUGUCCAUGUAUGCACGACGGCACAAUGUACUGGCCUGGACAGUCAUACGAGCAAGCGUGUAAAAAAUGCGAGUGUUCUGCUGGACGCUGGAGUUGCACGGAUCUGGAAUGUCCUGGAAUCUGCUCUGUUGUGGGAGGCUCUCACGUCACCACCUAUGAUGGAAAAACUUACAGUAUUAAUGGCAACUGUGACUACAUCUUCACUAAGCAAUCUAAUGACAGCAGAAUAGCUGUUGUUGGAAAUUUGGACAAGUGUGAGCCGAGCCGAACAGACACGUGUUUGAAUUCUGUUACUCUGAUCAUGUCAGACACCAUAGUGACCACUGUAAUUUUUUCGUCCAAUGGGACUGUCAAGCUAAAUGUAAUCAGUCCAGAUAAGUUGCCAAUAAUCACAGAGCGACUGGCCAUCUACCAGCCCUCAUCAUCCUUCAUUAUCGCUGAAACAAAGAAUUUUCGUAUAGAAAUCCAAAUGUCUCCAAUCAUGCAGAUGUAUAUUAUAGCCAGCACCUCACAGAAAGGCAAAUUGAUUGGUCUUUGUGGGAACUAUAACGGUUUUCAGAAAGAUGACUUUAAAACACAUUCAGGCAAUAUAGAGGGAACACCAACAUCCUUUGUCAACUUUUGGAAACAAAACCGAUACGGUUGUCCAGAUGUUGAAAACACAGUUGACAACCCCUGCAGUCUGAGAGUGGAAACAGAAAAACUUGCAAAAGACUGGUGUUCCCGUCUGAAGGAUCCAAAUGGAAUCUUCUCCUCGUGUCAUUCAGAAAUAUUUCCUGAAACUUACUAUCAAAACUGCGUUUAUGACACCUGUAAGUGUGCUGAUAUUGGGAAGUGUAUGUGUGCUGCCCUCUCCGCCUAUGCCCAUGCAUGUGCCGCAAGAGGGAUCAUUCUCUACAGAUGGGUGGAUUCAUACCCCUGUGACAAAGUGUUCGAGUGUUCAGAAAAUAUGAAGUACUCCUACAAUGUGACCAGUUGUAGCAAAACCUGUCGUUCUCAAUUUAAAACCGACUACACCUGCGAAAUGUCUACACCUGUGGAAGGCUGUGUUUGUUCUAAUGGGACUUACCUGAAUGAUGCAGGGCACUGUGUGAAUGCUGACCAGUGUCCUUGUUACUAUAACGACCUGGUCAUAGAGCCAUCAGGAUCAACAAACAUAGAUGGUGCCAAUUGCACCUGCACUCUCGGAAAAAUACAAUGCGACAGUCCAGAAGACUGUGUGGCUCCAAUGGUCUACGUCAAAUGUUCAAUUAAUGAACAGGGAAAAACAGGAUCAGAGUGUCAAAUGACAUGCCAGAACCAAGAUCCAAAUAACUGCGUCAGCACAGGUUGUGUAUCAGGUUGUAUGUGCCCAGAUAACCUGCUAGCCGAUGGUCAAGGUGGCUGUGUAGAGAAGGAAAACUGUCCCUGUUUUCACAAUGGAUUAUCUUAUUCAGCUGGGGAUGAGAUUCAAAACGAAUGCAACACCUGCAAAUGCACAAAAGGGAUGUGGAAUUGUACUGAUAAAGAUUGUUACGGCACCUGUACCAUCUAUGGUGAAGGUCAUUAUAAGACCUUUGAUGGAAGAAGAUAUUUUUACCAUGGAGGCUGUGAAUACAUCUUAGCACAAGAUUACUGCAACAUGGGGGAGAGUAAACACUCAUUACGCCUGGUUACAGAGAACAUUCCCUGUGGCUCCACUGACUUCAUUUGCUCCAAAUCUAUCAAUCUUUUCAUUGGGAGAUACAAGGUGGUUUUAUCUGAAGUGGAUGGAGUAAAAGUUGUUGAAACCAAUGGAACUGAUUACCAAUAUCAAAUCAAUUAUGUGGGGAUUUACACUAUCAUUGAGGUCAAAAAGCUUUUAAACUUAAUGUGGGAUGGCAAAACAACCCUGACGCUCCAACUCCAUCCCAGCUUAAAGGGCAAAGUGUGUGGACUGUGUGGAGACUUUGACGGGAAUGUAAAUAACGACUUUGUAAAGCACGAUGGAGAAGAUGUCAAAGAUGCGGUUGUGUUUGGGAAUAGCUGGAAAGUAAAUCCAAGCUGCCCGGAAAUGAACAGUUCGAUACACCCUUGUGAGAAAAACCCUCACCGGAGUGCCUGGGCUCAUAAGCAAUGCAGCAUCAUUACAAGCAAUGUCUUUCAAGACUGCCAUGCACAUGUGGACUCUGCCCCAUACUAUGACGCCUGUGUGAGGGACACCUGUGCAUGUGAUUCUGGUGGAGACUGUGAUUGUUUCUGUACAGCGGUGGCUGCUUAUGCGGCUGAAUGCCGAAAGAAAGAGGCUUGCAUUGAAUGGCGGACUCCACAUAUUUGUCCUUUAUUCUGUGACUAUUACAAUGGCCCAGUGGGAGACUGUGAGUGGCACUACAGAGCCUGUGGUUCGGCCUGCAUGAAAACAUGCAAAAACCCAAAAGGGACCUGUUCCAAUCAAAUUCCUUUACUAGAAGGGUGUUUUCCUAAGUGCCCUUCUGACAGGCCAUUUUUAAAGGAAGAAACCCAAAAAUGUGUCACAGAGAUAGAGUGUGCUCCUGUGUGUGUAUAUGAUGGGAAGGAGUUCACGAUUGGAGAAGAAGUGUACCACACCAAAGAUGAAAAUGGCAUGUGUUUCAAAGCUGUGUGUGGAUCAAAUGCAACAAUAAUUAGAUCUCAGGAAAAUUGCAUCACCACUGGUAUAUCCACAUCUACAACACCACAAACACAACCAACUCAAGAGCCUAUCCUUGAAAAAUAAAUAAAGAAAGAAAGAAAGAAAUAAACAACCAACAACAUAACCAUAAACAGCAACUAAACCCCUGGUGUGUCCACAUCUACUGGACCAUCAACAAAACCAAAACAAUCAACCACAAAACCAUCAACAGUUACUCAUACCAUUGGUGUGUCCACAUCUACUGGACCAUCAACAACACAACUAUCAACAGCUACUUAAACCACUGAUAUGUCCACAACUAAAGGACCACCAACAAGAACAACAGAAUCAACAACACAACCAUUAACAGAGGAAACAACACAACCAACAACACAACUAUCAACAGCUACUUAAACCACUGAUAUGUCCACAACUAAAGGACCACCAACAAGAACAACAGAAUCAACAACACAACCAUUAACAGAGGAAACAACACAACCAACAACACAACUAUCAACAGCUACUCAAACCACUGGUGUGUCCACAUCUACAGGACCAUCAACAACACAACCAACAACAGCCAUUCAAACCAUUGGUGUGUCUACAACUACAGGGCCAUCAACAGGAACAACACAAUAAACAACACAACCAUGAACAGAGGAAACAACACAAGCCGUACUUCCCGUAAUUUUGGCUAACGUUCUUUAACCUCCUAAGACCUGACAUAGACAUAAGUCUUUGGUUGUUUGCACCAUAAUACUUAAUUCUGUGUAACUGGAACCUGUUGUACACAAACAAAGACAAUUAUACUGCUUUAUGUUCAAAGAAAAAUAUUUGGUUAUUACAUUUAUUGGUUCCUCCUAACCCCAAAUAGCUGGAAGAAACCUACAAUGCAAGCCAAACCAAAGCUCGGGUCUUAGAAGGUUAAAGCUUCUCUUAAAGGUAUCAAAAAACAUUUUUGAAACAACAUUAGUACACCAUUUCCAUAACAUCACCUGCAAUUAAUAAACAUCCCUAAAACAUUAUCAUUAAAAACUUUAUAACUGCAUCUUUAGCAGAACUUUCUCAAACCAUUAACUUUGAAAAUGUUACCAUGGUUUAGGUAAUGUAACAUUCUUAAAACAGUAGCAUUGCAAACCUUAUAAUUGUAUUGUUAGUGGAACGUUCUAGACACCUUAGCAUUGAAAACGUGACAAUUGUGUAUGUAAUGUAACAUUCUUAAAACGUUACUAUAAAAACCUUCUAUAAUUGCAUCAUUGGCAGAACGUUCUAGACACCUUAGCAUUGAAAACAUUACCAUUGUGUAUGUAAUGUAACAUUCUUAAAAUGGUAGCAUUUCAAACUUUAUAAUUUUAUUGUUUGUGUAACGUUCUAGACACCUUAGCUUUGAAAACUUUACCAUUGUGUAUGUAAUGUAACGUUCUUAAAACGGUAGCAUUGCAAACAUUAUAAUUGUAUUGUUAGUGGAAUUCUAGACACCUUAGCAUUGCAAACAUUACUAUUGUGUAUGUAAUGUAACAUUCUUAAAAUGUUAGCAUAAAAAUUUAUCUUCUGGGGAUUUAAAGAAAUUUAAGUAAAUGUAAGGAUGAGUAUAAUAAAAAGGCCUAGUUCUGGAUUAAUAAACCCUAUCCGGGA